AAGUACGUCACUUUCUACCCAAUGAUGGCGACUGAACGAUUUUACAGCACAAGAGGCUAGACCCGUGUUACCACAAAAACAAUAUUGUCAAAGUAACAACUAAAGGCGAAAUAACAGUGUAUUAUAGUGACAACAUAGUUAAGAUAAAGGAGGAGAGGAGCAUCAUCUUGCAGUUAUGUUUCGGGGUUGUCCCGCCAACGUUCUCCGACCAUAAUGUGAGACGGAGAAAAAGGGGAUCUUGGACCGAGCAGCACAGUCAUAAUCUGGAUGACAAACAUUGCUCAGUGGUGAUUCUGUCACAUCAUCCAUGCUGGCUUUAUUAAAAAAGCUAGCUGUAUGAUAUCCAUUCACCACAAAGAAAGUCAUCUGACAGCUAGUAUUUCAUCGUCGAAACCCCGGGAGGGGAACCGCUGAGGAAGGAUGAAAUUCACGGAGCACCUUUCGGCGCACAUCACUCCUGAAUGGAGAAAACAAUACAUCCAGUAUGAGGCUUUCAAGGAUAUGCUGUAUUCUGCCCAGGACCAGGCACCCUCUAUCGAAGUCACCGACGAGGACACAGUCAAGAGGUACUACGCCAAGUUUGAGGAGAAGUUCUUUCAGACGUGCGAAAAGGAGCUGGCCAAAAUCAACACAUUCUACUCUGAAAAGCUAGCCGAGGCCCAGCGCCGUUUCGCCACGCUGCAGAAUGAGCUGCAGUCUUCACUGGAUGCCCAGCGGGAGAGCAGCAUGCAGGGCCUCCGUCGCCGCCGCAAGGCCGUCUUCCACCUGUCCCAGCAGGAGCGCUGCAAACACCGCAACAUCAAAGACCUGCAACUGGCCUUCUCAGAGUUCUACCUCAGCCUCAUCCUGCUGCAGAACUACCAGAAUCUGAACUUCACAGGUUUCCGUAAGAUCUUGAAGAAGCAUGAUAAGAUCCUGGAGACGUCGCGGGGAGCCGACUGGCGCGUGGCCCACGUGGAGGUGGCCCCCUUCUACACCUGCAAGAAGAUCACCCAGCUCAUCUCUGAGACGGAGGCCCUGGUAACACAAGAGUUGGAGGGAGGAGACAGACAGAGAGCCAUGAAGAGACUACGAGUGCCCCCACUGGGUGCUGCACAGCCUGCUCCGGCGUGGACCACCUUUAGGGUCGGCUUGUACUGUGGCGUCUUCCUCGUCCUCAUGGUCACCGUCGUCAUCACAGCUGUGGUUGUGAUAGAGAAUGCCAACGUGUGGCCAUUGGUGAGGAUCUACCGCGGCGGCUUCCUGCUGAUCGAGUUCCUCUUCCUGCUGGGCAUCAACACGUACGGCUGGCGCCAGGCGGGGGUCAACCAUGUGCUCAUCUUCGAGCUCAACCCCCGCAACAACCUCUCCCACCAGCACCUCUUUGAGAUUGCUGGUUUCCUGGGGGUGCUGUGGUGUGUGAGCAUCCUGUCCUGUCUGUUCUCCAAGUCCAUCCUGGUGCCCAUGCAGGCCAACCCGCUGGUCCUCUACGGCUUCUUCUUCCUCUUCCUCAUCAACCCCUUCAAGACCCUCUACUACAAGUCACGCUUCUGGCUCCUCAAACUGCUGUUCCGUGUGGUGACAGCCCCGUUCCACAGGGUAGAGUUUGCAGACUUCUGGCUGGCCGACCAGCUCAACUCUCUAGGGGUGGUUCUGAUGGACCUGGAGUACCUCAUCUGUUUCUACAGCUUUGAGCUCGACUGGAAGCAACAAGACGGGCUACUGCGCGACAGUGGAGGCGUGUGUCACUCGUACUCGUACGGCGUGCGGGCAGUGAUCCAGUGUCUGCCGGCCUGGUUCCGCUUUGUGCAGUGCCUGCGGCGUUACCGCGACUCCAAACGGGCCUUCCCACACCUGGUCAACGCCGGGAAAUACUCCACCACCUUCUUCGUGGUCACCUUCGCUGCCCUCUACAGCACCCACAAAGCUGUGCGUCAUGAGGACACCCAGAUCUUCUUCUACCUGCUGAUUGGCUGUUCAUUAGUCAGUUCCUGUUACACCCUGGUGUGGGACCUGAAGAUGGACUGGGGCCUGUUUGACCGCAAUGCAGGAGAUAACACCAUACUCAGAGAGGAGAUCGUCUACCCCCAGAAAGCCUACUACUACUGUGCCAUACUGGAGGAUGUGCUGCUGCGCUUUGCCUGGACAAUACCCCUCUCCCUGAGCACCGCCAGUACACCGUCAGCUGCAGACAUUGUGGCUACCAUCCUAGCCCCUCUGGAGGUCUUCAGACGUUUUGUGUGGAACUUCUUCCGUCUGGAGAACGAGCACCUGAAUAACUGUGGUGAGUUCCGAGCGGUGAGGGACAUCUCAGUGGCUCCGCUGAACGCUGACGACCAAACUCUGCUGGAGCAGAUGAUGGACCAGGAGGACGGAGUCCGGAACCGCCUGGGCAAGAAGAACUGGAAACGCUCCUACAGCAUGUCCCUGAGACGGCCACGCCUCGCUUCCCAGACCAAGACCCGGGACACCAAAGUUCUCAUGGAGGACACAGACGAUGACACCUGACAUCAGGCCAGACCCAUUGCAUCCAUAGCAUGGGUUCAGAACCUCUUUAAAGGACCACGUCCCUCCUAGGGGCAUAUCCCCCCCCCCCCC